CCGACCAGGAAGCGACCCGAGUGAAAUGCUGUACAGUGUCCGGUGACCGGAGCGCUGCUGUCCGUUACUCGUUCUAACCGGCACACCUUACAAACGGCAGACCGUUCGCGGUCAGUUAGAGCUCUCGUCUACAGCUGCAGGGCGCUGUGGUCAGCAGGAUGAGUUCAGACGGAGGCGGGAGGCCUGUGAAGGUGGGCUCGCUGGUGGAGGUCAUCGGGAAAGGCCAGCGCGGGACCGUGGCGUAUAUCGGCGCCACCCUGUUCGCCUCGGGGAAAUGGGUCGGUGUGAUUCUGGACGAACCCAAGGGGAAGAACGACGGCACGGUGCAGGGCAAACGCUACUUCACCUGUGAGGAGAAUCACGGGAUAUUCGUCAGACAGUCUCAGAUCCAGCUCAUCGAUGAAGGAGGCAGCUCUGCGACGUCUCCAGAAACACCGGACUCAGGUCUGGCCAAACUGCUCAAGAAAGAAGUCCAGGAGACGCCAAAAGCUGUUAAGCAGACUCCAACAGCAAGGAAGCCUCCUAUGCGCCGUAGUACCAAGUGGCCCACACCCAGACGUCUGUCCAGCUCCAGCUCCCUCCCCUCUCUCAUCAUGGCGGGUCGUCCCUCUGUCGGAGGGUCAGGACUUUCAGAGUCUGUGUUAGCAGAGAAUGAGUCCACAGCGUCUUCCCAGAUUGCACUGGGAGCUCCUGUCAUACCACAGCCUAGUGGCACACCCAGCGCCCCUCCUCCUGCCACCCCAAGCAAGGAGGAGGAGAGCCUCCGAGCUCAAGUCAAGGAUCUGGAGGAGAAGUUGGAGACGCUGCGGAUGAAGCGCUCAGAGGAUAAAGCCAAGCUGAAGGAGAUGGAGAAGCACAAGAUCCAGCUGGAGCAGCUGCAGGAGUGGAAGAGCAAGAUGCAGGAGCAGCAGAACGAGCUGCAGAAGCAGCUCAAAGAGGCCAAGAAGGAGGCGCGCGAGGCUCUGGAGGCUAAAGACCGCUACAUGGAGGAGAUGGCAGACACGGCAGACGCCAUCGAGAUGGCCACGCUGGACAAAGAGAUGGCGGAGGAGCGGGCCGAGUCUCUGCAGCUGGAGGUGGAGGCUCUGAAGGAGAAGGUGGAGGAGCUGAGCAUGGACCUGGAGAUCCUCAAACACGAGAUCGAGGAGAAGGGCUCGGACGGAGCGGCCUCCAGCUUCCACGUCAAGCAGAUGGAGGAGCAGAACGGACGUCUGAAGGAGGCUCUGGUCAGGAUGAGGGAUCUGUCGUCGUCGGAGAAGCAGGAGCACGUGAAGCUCCAGAAACAGAUGGAGAAGAAGAACUCUGAGCUGGAGACUCUGAGAGCGCAGAAGGAGAAGCUGCAGGAGGAGAUGAAGCAGGCUGAAGCCAUGAUAGACGAGCUCAAGGAGCAGGUGGACGCAGCGUUAGGAGCUGAGGAGAUGGUGGAGACACUGACGGAGAGAAAUCUAGACCUGGAAGAGAAAGUGCGGGAACUCCGAGAGACCGUCAGUGACCUGGAAGCCAUAAACGAGAUGAACGACGAGCUGCAGGAGAACUCGCGCGAGACGGAGCUGGAGCUGCGCGAACAGCUGGAUCUGGCCGGAGCUCGAGUCCGAGAGGCUCAGAAGAGAGUGGAGGCGGCGCAGGAGACGGUGGCUGACUAUCAGCAGACCAUCAGCAAAUACAGAGAGCUCACCACUCACCUGCAGGAAGUGAACCGAGAGCUGACCAAUCAGCAGAGCAGCUCGGCCGAGCAGCUGCAGCAGCCGACCGCUGAACUCUUCGACUUCAAGAUCAAGUUUGCUGAGACCAAAGCUUACGCCAAGGCCAUCGAGAUGGAGCUCCGCAAGAUGGAGGUGAAUCAAGCGAACCGUCAGGUGUCUCUGCUGACGUCCUUCAUGCCCGAGUCCUUCCUGAGACACGGAGGAGACCACGACUGCAUCCUCGUGCUGCUGCUCAUCCCCAGACUCAUCUGCAAGGCGGAGCUGAUCAGCAGACAGGCGCAGGAGAAGUUCGAUCUGAGCGGUGGCUCUCCGGAGCGCUCUGGACUGAGAGGAGCCGCUGGAGAGCAGCUGAGCUUCGCGUCCGGUCUGGUUUAUUCCCUGACGCUGCUGCAGGCCACGCUGCACAAAUACCAGCUGUACGUGUCCAUCAUUACUCCACCACACACUCACACUCUUACUGAAUUCACCCAGAGCGCUCUGGACUGCAUGGGGUCAGAGGUCGGCCGUCUGCGGGCCUUCCUGCAGGCGGGACAGGAAGGGGCGGAGCUCUCUGUGCUCCUGAAGGACCUGGACACUUCCUGUGGAGACAUUGGUCAGUUCUGUAAGAAGAUCCGCAGGAGGAUGCCAGGAACAGAUGCUCCGGGGAUUCCUGCCGCGCUCAGCUUCCCUGCUCAGGUGGGCGAGGCGCUGGCGGACUGCAGGAAGCAGCUGACGCGUGUGGUGGCCGUUCUGCAGGAAGUAGCAGCGGCAGGAGCUCAGAUGAUCGCUCCGCUCGCCGAGCCAGAGGGACUGACGCCGCUGAAGAUAGAAGACGUGAUGUUCAAAGCAGUGGAUCAGGUGUAUGGUGCUCAUGGACUCAAUGCGUUCGAGUGUCUGCGUCAGUCCUGCGCCGCCGUCAUAGCCACCAUGAACAAGAUGUCCACCGCCAUGCAGGAGGGAGAAUACGACGCGGAGCGGCCGCAGCGUCCGCGUCCGCCGGUGGAGAUCCGCGCCGAUGCUGUCAGAGCCGAGAUGACCGACGCAGAGGGUCUGGGAAACAAGCUGGAGGACCGAGAGACGGUCAUCAAAGAGCUGAAGAAAUCCCUCAAGAUCAAGGGUGAGGAGCUGAGCGAGGCGAAUGUUCGUCUGAGUUUACUGGAGAAGAAGCUAGACACGUCGACGAGAGACGCAGACGAGCGAGUGGAGAAGAUCCAGACCAAACUAGACGAGGCUCUGACUCUGCUGAAGAAGAAGGAGAAGGAGUUUGAGGAGACGAUGGAUGCGCUGCAGGCCGACAUCGAUCAGCUGGAGUCAGAGAAGGCGGAGUUAAAGCUGAGGAUCAGCAACCAACCACGAGCCACCGAAGGUUUCCGUGGACCGCAGGCAUCUGGAAUCGCCUCGAUCGUCACGGGAACCGCUGCUGGUACACACACACACACACACACACACACACACAAACAAGGUUAUUAA